AUGCCGUCGCUCUACGAGUCAAUUCCCCCUGGACGCGCUCACAAAAGAUGCCAGGUAUAGCCAGGAAGCUCCUCAUCUUCGCGGCUGUCGACGGGCUGGUUCUUCAGCCCUCUCCUCCCCGCAAUCAUCCGCCCGCGACGCAGCAGGCCAUCAAGGUCGACUACAAGGGCAAGGUUGGCCCACUGCUUAAAGACCGACGCGACGAGGACACUGCGCCAUCAUCGCUCGAAGCGCACGGCGUUGUUGGGCUCCUCAAGGUUGCUACUUCGUACUUCCUAAUCUCGAUAUGCGGUCGCGAACAGGUCGCGCAGAUACGAGGCAAGCCGAUAUACAAAAUCACCGAUGUCGCACUCAUCCCGCUCUCCUCGCAAUCCGACGCAGACAAGGCUAUUGUAACCACGCGAGAACGCCAGAAGCGACAAAACAGGGCACCAGGAGCGGAAGAUGAGGACUCUGGCAGCGAGAGCGAUGAUGACACACCCAGUGUAACUGAAUCGCUAGUCGAAGAAGCCACAACUGGCCAAGGCGACACCAAGGAUUCGGCGACAGGGCAGCGGCGCAAGACGAGUGUCGCGGAAGAUGUCAUACAGCGCAAAGGUGUAUACGGUAGAUUUGCCGAGCAGUGGUUCUCCAGGAAGGGGUGGAGUGCAGAAAGCAGGCGACUGCAGGGGUUGAGCUCAGAGGAGAAUCUGGCUACAAAGAAUAUACCAGAGAACGUCGAUUCGAUUAUAAGCAAGGGUGAGGAGCACCCCACGGGCGAGUCGAAGCCAGAUGCUAUUCCAAAUGACGACAAGAACGUACAAGAGCCCGUAAGCCCGGGCGAGAUACCAAAGGCCUUGAGCGGUGAAAAGGAUGCGACGACAGUAGCACUACUACCAAAGAUUUUGCAGACGACGCGGAUGUACUUCUCCUCCGGCAAUUUCUUCUUUUCUUACGAGUACGACAUAUCACACGGCGCCGGGGAACAGAAUCCUACUUCUAGUCUACCCCUCUUCAAGCAGUUUGACCCUCUGUUCUUUUGGAACCACCAUAUCGUUUCACCCUUUAUAGACGCCGGUCAGCACUCGUUCGUUCUUCCGAUUAUGCAAGGUUUUGUCGGUCAACGGCCUUUUACCAUCAAAGUAGCAGACUCCCAGUCGAACAGUCUAGUCGUAGACCCAAGUGCCACCCCUGACGAUAUCCAGCUGCAGUCCUGGCAGGAGAAGCAGAAACAGGAAGCGGAGGCUAGCACUGAAACCGUGCCGACAGAGCCUACAACUUCAAAUGGCAAAGACUUCUUACUGACACUCAUCUCUCGACGAUCCACCAAGCGAGCUGGACUACGCUACCUGCGCCGAGGGACAGACGACGAGGGCUCCACUGCGAACAGCGUCGAGACUGAACAAAUCCUGUCAUCCCCGGCAUGGAAUGCCUCGCAAGAUAAAAUAUUCUCCUUUACACAAUGCCGUGGCUCAAUCCCGCUCUUUUUUUCUCAAUCACCAUACAGCCUCAAGCCACAGGUCAGCACCUGGGGCUCUUUCGAGACGAAUGCUACAGCGUUCAAGCGGCAUUUCGCCGAUCUUUCUAGCAGAUAUGGCGAGAUCUACUGCGCUUCACUCAUUGACAAGCAUGGCACGGAGGCGAAGAUUGGCGAGCUGUAUGAGAGUCAUGCGAAGGCUCUCAACGAGAAGGGCGGUAUUGAUGGAAAAGGCAAGCAACUAGGCUUCGAGUGGUUUGACUUUCACAAUGUUUGCCGCGGCAUGCGUUUUGAAAACGUCUCGAAGCUAAUGGACUCGCUGGAACCAUUCAUGAAGUCCACCAGCUGGGUGGAGAUCACGAAUGAUGAGGUCAAACAGAAACAGACAGGCGUGCUGCGCACCAACUGCAUGGAUUGUCUCGACCGGACCAACGUGGUUCAAUCUGCUUGCGCUCGGACAGCGCUCGAGGCACAACUCUGUGCCGGUAGCUUUACCAUUGAUCUUCAGCACGAUCCUAGCACCUCUUGGUUCAAUACGCUCUGGGCCGACAAUGGCGAUGCGAUCUCUCGCCAAUACGCCGGCACUGCAGCGCUUAAGGGCGAUUUCACGCGCACGCGGAAGCGACAACUUACAGGCGCAUUGACUGACUUCGGACUCACGCUCACAAGGUACUACAACAACAUUGUCAACGACUACUUUGCUCAGGCAGUCAUCGAUUAUCUGCUCGGCCGCGCCACAGACACCAUCUUCGCCGAGUUCGAGGCAGACAUGAAGAGCUCAGAUUACUUCAUUGAUGUUCGCAAGGUCCGACAACAAGCCAUCGAGCGCUCUGCAGGCAUUGUUAUAGAAGAUGAUGACGAGGACUUGAUUCAUGGGUGGACAUUGAGCGUACCGACUGCCGUGAAUCAAGUAAAGACGACCACGUUUGAAGAGGCAGUUCUUCUACUUACCGAAAAGGCACUGUACUUCUGCCGUCUUGACUGGGGUACUGAAAAGGUCCGCGAAUUUGAGCGGAUCCAGCUCGAGAACGUAAGGGGCAUUAUGCGCGGUGUGUACAUUACCUCCACGCUUGCGCAGCGACAUGUGGAUACGGAGAAGAACGUGGGGUUUAUCAUCCGAUAUCGCGCUGAGAGUGGGGGCGAGCUGAUACGGAGAAACACCAGGGCGCUAGAUUCUGGGGCUCCCAAUGAUGCUCCCGGGAAAAAGGACGCGAAGAAGCAACAGAAGCACGAUGAGGCUGGUCGCUUCCUGGCUUUCAAGGCACUGCCACCGUGGAGUAGUAAUCCUUCCUCGUCUAAGGAUACACAAAACUCGCCGGAGAACGAGGUCGAGGUUGUGAGAUCAGUAUGCGACGAAAUCGUACGCGUUAUCAACGAGACGAAGAAAGAGAACGCAGAGAAGCAGAAUAUACCGAAUACAAAUCAAGAGGAGAAGGGGAGUGGGGAGAACAGGGACACCGAGCUGAAGGUCGAAGAAAAAGAUAUUAUCAGCAUUGCGGACGCGAAGAGAAGUACCGGGUACCUGGAGCAGUUUGAGUACUCGCUGAAGAAACUAGUCUGGGGAUAAUGCACUUCCUUCCCGCAUGGGUCUGGGAAUAAGCAUCGUGGGCAGGGGGCACGACUUUAUGGUUGAUGAGAUAUACCUUGGGUAACUACUAGGCACACAACGGUAAAGAGGAAUUCUGUACAUACCUGGACGCAACUAUAGUAAAUUACUAAUCCUACAUUGCUUCACCUGG